ACAUGGUCAUCUACAGCUAAAGUAUACAGCUAUACUUUCAACCCAUACUGAAUGGGGAAAUUUUAUACUUGAGGUACUUGUUACGUAGUAAAGUGACGUCAGUUCAUUGAAGAAGCAGCUUUUCACAAUGAACAUUUGAGAAGUAACUUAUGAACAGUUGGAUCACAAUGCAAUGGUCUUUCCAACUGCCCUGAAUGGAAUUUGUCCACAAACUGUCAUUGCGUACACCAGCGUUGUAUGAUUCGCUCAUGAUGGUUGCAUUACCACUAUCAGAAGCAUAUCCUUUAGAACACUCUCGGACUAUCAGAAACACCUGUACCGAUUCUUGGCUGAUGUACAUGAAAUUUGUUAAUACUGGCACCUGUAUUGGAAAUGGGAGUAGAUGUUUGUGAGGAAGACAGUGCCAUGCUUGUCUCUGACUCACAGUCGUUUGCAGACAGAUUGUCAGAAACUUGCCAUGAGAAAUACCAGAGUCUGAAGAGGGGCAAUGAACCUCAGGGUAAAUGGACAUUGAUGGCGGCCAUUGUGUACACUUCAGGUGUACAGGAUGAGCCUACAGUGGUAGCCAUGGGAACAGGCUCCAAAUGCAUUGGGCAGAACAAGAUGAGUUUGAAGGGUGAUGUGUUGAAUGAUAGCCAUGCUGAAAUCAUUGCGCGGAGAGCUUUUCUGUGUUACUUGUAUGACCAGCUGCUGAAAGUUUCCAGGGGAGAGCAGAGUGAUGUGUUAGAAAGGCAUUCAUCAGAGUCACAGGUGUUCAGAUGUCAGGUGAAAACAGGUGUCAGAUUUCACUUGUACACCUCUCACACACCUUGUGGAGAUGCAUCAAUAUUUCCCAAACAAGAAAACUGUGAUUUUAAAUUUGGUGAAGUUGUGGGGACCCCAGACCAGAAUGCUGGUUCUACAUGUAAGCCCACAGUGUCAUUUGUGCCUGAGAUAUCAGACCAGAAAAGAAAGAGUGCUGUGAAGCCAUGUGGUGAACCAGUGCCUAAGAAACUGCGGACUGAACCUUGUAUCUGUUCUGAGGCAGUGAGAUGUGAAAGAGCUUGCUCUCAGAUCGAGAGAGUGCCACCUGUGUUUUCAGGUCAGGUAAUACACAGGUAUGACACUGAGGGUGUUGAAUUUUGUAAGCAGUCAGGUGAGGAGAGUGCAGCUUUGACUGAUAGGGGUUAUGAUUCAUUAUCACAAGCAUCAGUCCCUGCCAUCAAUAUGGCAGCACAAAAACAGGAUACCGUUGGAAAGGCUACAGAUCGGGCUGAGUUGGAUGGAAAAAAUGGUCGACAGUGUCAAAACUAUGUAAGUCCUGCAAAAUCUGAUCAGUCUUUGUUGAAUGGAGUCCAAGACAUUUAUCGCACAGGGGCCAAGUGCGUACCCGGGGGUGUACAGGAUCCCCGGGGAGAAGGGAGGGAGUAUCACUGCCUAGGGGCACUGAGGAUUAAACCAGGCAGAGGAGAUAGGACCCUGAGCAUGUCAUGUAGUGACAAACUGGCACGAUGGAAUGUUACUGGCUGCCAGGGGGCGCUGCUCUCCCACUUCCUGGCACAACCGGUUUAUCUACACAGUCUGGUUGUUGGUAGGUGUCCAUUCAGCAGUUCAGCUAUGCAGAGAGCACUAGUGAAGAGGGUUGCUAUGGUGACUAACCUGCCCUCUGGUUACCAUGUCAACAAGCUGAAAUGCAAUCAGUCCAGCCAGGCUUUUAUUGAUGGCAGGGAAAUGAAUGAAGUCAGUGCGAAAGAGAAACAGUGUGAAGUGAAAUUAAAACCAUCCGCUACAGCCAGCAUGUGGUACCUGGGCCAACUGAAGGGACCAGAGGUGUCUGUCGCUGGGAGAAAACAGGGAGUUACAGCUAAAAAUUUUAACAAACCCCAGUCCAGGUGUGAAAUUUGUGGAGUGGAACUUUACAAAAAGUUCCAUGGAUUAUUGUUUUCUUUACCAGAAGAUCAAAGACCAGAGAAUCUCAGAAAUGUGAACAGUCAAACUGCCUACUGGGUGUGUAAAUCAGCUGCCAGUUCCUAUCAAACUGCUUGGAACCAACUCAAAAUGGUUUUCUCCUCCUGGAUCUCAAAACCUAGGGACCAUCUGCAAUUUACAUGUACAUUUGAUGGAUCUCCUUUGAAUCAGUAGAGUUUGCUCCUAAAUUAACAACUUCUGGGGAACAUAUGAGUACAAAGUGUGAUCUGGAACAUGAAAGUCAAGAUCUUAAGCCUCAUGAUUGCUUUCAUGGAUUUAAAAUGCAAAAUGCAGACUAUUAUAAAGUCAUGUUAAAAGUGGAGCCUUUAUAUGACUGUAAUAGGGAGCUUCAGUAUUGUUUUCUCAUGUUUCCACAAAAUUAAGAAUAAAAUAAAGAUUUAAAAAAAAAAACACCUGUCUUUCAUAUGAAGUGUGAAUUUAAUUCCUAUUUUAUUCAACGGAGUAAAGUUUAUAAUAGACGAAGGACCUCUGAUUUUGGAGAUGUCACUACUGGCAAAGCUACUUGGAGCUUUGGGAGACCAGUUCGAUUUCAACAUACUGCCAUCUUCUAAGUACAUUGUAAAGACGCUUUUCUUUAUUGUUCAGUUUUUCAUCAUAUUUGAGAAUUAUCCACAAAUAAGAUUAUGAUUAGAUUCAACAUUUUUAUUUCAACAUUUAUUUUGCCAUCAGGAAUCAUUUGGCGGAACACUGUUUGUAUAUUAUGUGAAACUUCCAGCACUCAGGGUGAAUCUCCAAUUUUUAGAAAGUUAUUGAGAAAAUUUCUCACACGUGACGCACAGAAAUGAAUAUUAAAUUGGUUGAAGACAGGAGGUGCAGUGGAAGUAUA